AAACUCAGGAGAAUGAAGAUUACCACCCUCCCCCUUCAGAAGAGCACUGGUUGAAACAGAGGCAACUUUCAGGCUUCAUGCAUGGUCCAAAAAAGGACACACACUGUACUUCCGGUACAGCACUUCAAGCUGGUGACCCUGUCCCCUGCUGAACCACUAAGGAAUGGGAUCCAGAAUGCCUUGGGGGAAUGGGUGCAGGAAGAGGAGAGAGAUGGUGUUAAGAAGUCUGCACAACGAAGUUCCCCACAGAACGGAGGCCGCGUGUCUGCUGGCGCUGCUGCUGCUGCUUGAGGGAGGCAUGUUCUCCGAGUCCCCUCCGCCCUCGGGGCUGCUGGAGAAGCUGUGCCAGUACAUCGAUCUCCACCAGGAUGAAUUCGUGAAGACGCUGAAGGAGUGGGUGGCCGUUGAGAGCGAUUCUGUCCAACCCAUGCCUCGUUUCAGACAAGAGCUCGUCCGGAUGAUGUCCAUGGCUGCUGAUACGCUCCGGGGUCUGGGAGCCAGUGUGCAUUCCGUGGACUUGGGCUCUCAGCAGCUGCCUGAUGGCCAGAGUCUUCCCAUACCUCCUGUCAUCCUGGCUGAACUGGGGAAUGAUCCGAAGAAACCCACCGUGUGCUUCUAUGGGCACCUGGAUGUGCAGCCUGCUCAGCAGGGCGAGGGGUGGUUCACGGACCCCUACACGCUGACGGAGGUGGACGGGAAGCUGUACGGACGAGGAUCAACAGACAACAAAGGCCCUGUCCUGGCUUGGAUUCAUGCCGUGAGCGCCUUCAGAGCCCUAGAGCAAGAUCUCCCUGUGAAUAUCAAGUUCAUCCUUGAAGGGAUGGAAGAAGUUGGUUCUGUUGCCCUAGAGGAACUUAUGAAAAAAGAAAAGGACGGUUUCCUUUCCAGCGUGGACUACAUUGUGAUUUCAGAUAAUCUGUGGCUCACUCGGACAAAGCCUGCGCUCAUUUAUGGGACUCGAGGGAACUGCUACUUCAUGGUGGAGGUGAAAUGCAGAGAUGGAGACUUUCAUUCAGGAACCUUUGGUGGCAUCCUCAAUGAGCCAGUGGCUGACUUGGUUGCUCUUCUCGGCAGCCUGGUGGACUCCUCAGGUCAUAUUCUGAUCCCUGGAAUCUAUGACCAAGUGGCUCCUCUUAUGGAGGAGGAAAGAAAAGUGUAUGAAGCCAUUGAUCUGGACCUAGAAGAAUACCGGAACAAUAGCCAGGUUGAGAAAUUUCUGUUUGAUACCAAGGAGGAAGUCCUAAUGCAUCUGUGGCGGUACCCAUCUCUUUCUAUUCAUGGGAUCGAGGGCACAUUUGAUGAGCCUGGAACUAAAACAGUUAUACCCGGCCGGGUGAUCGGGAAAUUUUCAAUCCGCCUAGUCCCUCACAUGAAUGUGUCUGUGGUGGAAAAACAGGUGAAGCAGCAUCUUGAAGAUGUGUUCUCCAAAAGGAACAGCACCAACCGCAUGACCGCUUCCAUGAUUCUGGGAUCUCAACCGUGGACUGCAAACAUCAACGACACUCAGUAUCUCGCAGCAGGAAGAGCCAUCAAAAGAGUGUUUGGAGUAGAACCAGAUAUGAUCCGGGAUGGGUCAACCAUUCCAAUUGCCAAAAUAUUCCAGGACAUCAUCCAAAAGAGCGUAAUGAUGCUUCCGCUGGGGGCUGUCGAUGAUGGGGAACACUCUCAGAAUGAGAAAAUCAACAGGUGUAACUACAUAGAGGGGUCCAAGUUGUUUGCUGCCUUUUUCCUGGAGAUGGCUGAGUUGCAUUCUCAACAGUAGAAACUUCUAGUACUACCUGACCCACUGACAGAUCCCCUCCCACACCCCUUAGCAGAGAUGACAUCUGAACAUCCAAAGAAUGUUGGUCCAAUCAAGUAUGUUUUCACUCUCAUUUGAAAUGAACUUGGGACGUUUGAACCAGGAAUACAAUAUUUUGAAGACACUGAAAUGGUUUAACAUCCCUACCACUUGCCUUCCUAAACUCCCAGUUGCCUUCACCUUCAUUUCUCUGAGUCCUGUGCAGUAGUCCUGCAAUUGGAUUCAGUCUACCCUUCAAGCAUGAGUAGCACUAUUCUUCAGAGAGUUAGACUCUCACCUUGCAAGGUGAUGGGCAUAAUCCCUCCAGUUUCCUUUUAGGUCCUAAAACGCCCAUGACACAUAAUCGUUCCAUCCAGUGACUGUUAGUACUUACAUCACUGUUUCUCUGCCUGCACUUUCCUUUUAUCUUAUUAAUAAAAAUGUUGGUCUCUA